AUGGGCCUUGGUCUCAUUCAAGCGAAGCCGAAGAUCAAUUUUGUUCGGAAGUUACUGGAGGACAAAAUGGGACAUCUUACAACAAGCCUCGUCCUCCUGUCCCUAUUCACAGCAUCGUACGGAAAUGUCGCCCUCACAUAUCCACCGGCACGGAAGUACAAUUUCGACUUUAUGACAGUGCUCAACUCUCCAGCUCCAUGCGGUGUUCCAAAAGGUUUUGGUCCAAUCACAGAACUCAAGGAAGGGUCGCAGCUCAAUGUGACAUGGAAUACAGCUACAGCGAACGAGGGUGGUUACAUGCUUCAACUGCUCAACAAAACCGGCGAUGUAAUCAAAGAGCUCACCAACGGCAAGAAUAAGUACAUCGGGAGUAGCGAACCUUUCACAAGCCAACAAGAGGUGACCCUCCCAGCCGGUGCCUGCCAUGAUUGCACCAUCCGUCUACUCCGACAGAACCUGCCAUUCGGUUGGAACUUCACAUACUGGAGCUGUGCUGACGUCAACAUUACAGCAAAUGCGAGCUUCCAACAGACCUGCUCUGGUAAAGGUCAAUUUGUUUCUGGAAAGUGCGAUUGCAACAGACUAUACGUUGGAGACGUCUGUCAAUUCAAAGACGACUGUUUAGUUGCAAAAGAUUGCAGUGACAAGGGUGACUGUAUCGACACUGGCUCUUUAAGUUAUCCUAAGAAGAAAUGCUUCUGCAGGAUGGGUUAUCAUGGGCAAGAUUGCUCCAAAGAAUCGUCCGUCAAGAAAUUUCCCUCUGAUAUGUCGGAGAUGAAGCUGAAGCAAAACUACCAGUUCCGGCGGAUCCGGAACAACCUUUUCAAUGUGUACACGCGGUACGACAACAAGACAGAGGAGAUCGAAGUCAUCCUCCAGAUGCGAACCACAGGAUGGGUUGGAUUCGGAUGGAGACCACUACACACUGAUCCAAAGUGUAUGAACUUCCCACCCCUGCCUAACGCCACAGAAGUCAACGAACCACAAGUACCUCCACAGCCAAGUAACUACUCAGGACCACCAGAUAAGAACUACUUGAAAAGCUAUGACCUCCACGAGAUGUCCUGUUGCGACAUCGUCACAGCCUACGUGCAAAGGAAUCUUAGUAACAUUGGUGACUACUACUCAAAAGAGGCCGGCUCGCCAUCUCUUGAUACCUAUUUCGGUGGCAGUGACAACCUUGUAGCAGCCAUUGCGGCCUAUUGGGGCAACUAUACAUGGGUAUUGUUCAGGAAAAAACUAAAUGCCACUGAUCCGACUGACCAACCUUUCCUAAAGGAACACAUGUGGGUGAUCUGGGCAAGAGGGCCGAAUGUCCCCGCUAGGAAGAAAAGAGCAGGUCUGAUCAGUCCCAAAACCGCAUACCAUGGCAAGAAUAAUUUAGUUAGAUACUACACUCAGAUAAACUUCUUUGCCCCACCGACGGGUCCUGCUGCUCCAAUCGUGCCUGGCUUCUGGGAUGCAGCAACUUGGUUGGUCCCCUCAAGCACCUUACUCCCCUUCCAAACCUUCGUCGACCUCUUGUUUGGUAUUUUUGGUAUGCUCAUACUGGUUACCCUAAUCCUGUGCUGCUGCAAGAGGGAUCAAAUAAGACAAGAGAAGGAGCGGGCAGCUACCUCCAUAUUGAAUGAGAAGACAGUGGUCAUUGAGCUUGCGGGGGUAACGAACCCAGCUCUUGAAGGGACCAGCACCGCCACUGAUUCUGUUGCCCCUCAAGAAUACAGAGGCUACGUACCUUGCAAGGAAUAUUCGCUUUAUAAAUCGAAUGCCGACAUAGAACUUGAAGUAGGCAUCGAUGCACCUUAUGACGUUACAGCUGACGAAGUAGACGUAGAGGCUGGAGCAAAUGGUAGAGUAGGGUACGAUGCCAAGGUCAGGGUCGAGGCAGAUAUACCCAACAACAACAUCGAGUACGACCAUUCGGCACCAGUGACCUACAUAGAUGACAUCGUAGUUUCGACUCCAGGAGACUCCAGCAGCAGCAGUAGUGAUUCUGUGCAUGAGUUUGAUGGCACCAUAACUCAAAUCGUGGCUGAACCCUUCGUCAAGGGGAAGAAGAAGAAGAAGAGCAAGAAAGACAAGAAGGAGAAGAUCGAAAUCAAAUCUGAGCUGCGGGCUGAUUCACCUGUGGUGGUUGUUGAGAAGCCAAGAGGCAACGCUGAUUUGAGAUAUGAUCUCUCUUAUAUAUCUGACGAGAUUGGAGGCUCUGUGUCAGGCAGCGAACCUGAAGUGAUGGUCGACAUGAUGCAGCCAUCGGGAGAUAUUGAAAUCAACAUAGUGCCCGUUGUAACACGAAAGGAAUCGACCUCUUCCAAGAGUUCAUCAGGUUCUUCAAGCUCAAAUUCUGCCGUUAGUGACAAGGUCACUUUCGGUUUCUCUGUCGACAACACUGACGAUAUACCCGCUGGACGUGUUGGCCUUGAACUUGAAGAGCCUGAGGCUGAGGUUGAUGUCAUUUUAGGAACACCAUCGUACGAAGGGGAUGUCGAUGUCGAGUUACCUGAAGAAGUAAUCGAAGCAGCUACUGAAGCCCAGGUAGAAUCAGUUGGAUUCAGCCUGCCAGGCGUCAGUUUCGGUGGUGGAGGUGGACUUGGCUUCGGAGGAGUAGCUGAGAUUGAGGCAGAGGAACCUAAAGGUGAAGUUGAGGUUGACAUACCAACCUUUGAUAUCGUGGGCGAUGAUAUCGACAUUACAAGAGCUGAGAUUGAUGUAGAAGAGCCUAAAGGGGACAUUGAUAUUGUUGUGGAUGUUCCAGAAGUUAUUGCCGUCGAGGCUGUUGACAUUAAACCUGUUGAUGUUGAUGUGAAGGGCGGCUCUGAUUUUGACAUUGUUGUGGAUGUUCCAGAAGUUAUUGCCGUCGAGGCUGUUGACAUUAAACCUGUUGAUGUUGAUGUGAAGGGCGGCUCAGAUUUUGACACCCCUAAGGUUGAAAUCGAAGUAGUACCAGCAUUCAAAGUUGAUAAGAAAAAGGGCAAGAAGGACAAGAAAAUCGAAGGUGCUAUCCCAGAUGUAGAUGUCGAACACAAGCACAAGAAAGGGUUCGGUUUCGGAUUUGGUCAUAAGAAGAAACCUGAGAAGAAAGGAAAAGAUUUCAUAGUGGAAAGAUCUGUUGUAAAUGAUGAUGUUGACAUACCAACCGUUGAGAUUGUCGCGAACGUUGGCAUCAAAGAUGAGCCGCCCAAAGACGACGUGAAAUUCGGUUUGCCUGCUUUCUCUGCUGGCAUAGGUGGUAACCUAGAGCUUCAAUCGGAAAGCGAGGAUGAGCCAAAAGACAAAAUUAAGAUUGAAGUUGAUGUUCCCAAAGUCAAGGUUGACAAGAAGAAGGACAAAAAGGAAAAGAAACCUGGGUUUGCUUUUGGAUUCGGCCAAAAGGAUAAGAAGAAUAAGAGGGACAGUGACAUAGAUUUGUCUCCACCUACAAUUGAAAUCAAGGCAGAGGAACUUGAAAUAGUUGAACCCAAAGUCGAUGUUGUUGCAGUCGUCUCAACAGUUGAUAUUGACACUCCCAAGACUGAAGUAGAAGUCGAGCAAAAACAUAAGAUGCCCAAACCUGGUUUUGGCUUUGGAUUCGGUCACAAGGAUGACAAGAAGAAAAAGAAGAAACGCGACAGUAAAAAACUCGACAUUGAUCUCCCGUCUGCUGAGAUUGUUGUUGAUAUCAAAGCAAAAGAAGAUGUGGAUAUUGAUUUACCGAAAUCUGAGAUCGAUCUCCCAACAAUAACAGCAGCAGGAGGAUUUGAAGGUGAUGUCAAAGCGAGAAAACCCUCCAUAAGCAGCGAUGAUGAAGACAAGAAGCUGAAGUUUGGUCUACCAACCGUAAAGGUCAAGAAGGGCAAGCCAGAGAAGAAGAAGAAACAAAAAGAGCCGAAGGGAUUUAAGAUUGGUAAACAUAAGAAAACCAUCGAUGUUGACAUUGCACAGCCUGUCGCAGUCAUUGACAUCCAACAACAAGAGGCAGAUAUCGUAGUACCUGCUGCCAUUGUUGACAUCCCGGACAUUGAUGUGAAGGUAGACGUGCCAGAACCUUCAGGCGAUAUUGAACUGGACAUCGAUGUGAAAGGAUCAAUCAGCAAUAGGAGUACCCCAAGCAUGGACCAUAAGGACGUCCUGAAGGACUAUGACAACCUCAUCAAUAUGGGAAUCACACCGCCUUCUUCCAAGGCUGACAUUGGUGGUGACGUGGAUAUCGCCAUUGGUGGUGGUGUAGACGUCGACAUUGGUAUCACAGCUGAUAGCGAAUCCCCAAAACUCUCAAGGAAGUCGAGUAAUAGUUCUGUUUCUUCAACUGGUGUUGAAGGAGGUUUUACUUUACCAGGUGUAGAGGUUGAAGGUGAUGUUGAUGUAGGAAUGCCCCUUCUGAAGACAAGUGACAAAUCACCAUCAUUGUCCAGAUCGAGCUCGAGUUCGAGUUCAAGCUCGAGCUCGAGUUCGAGCUCGAGUUCCAGCUCCAGUAGUUCCAGUUCUUCUAGUUCCGUUUCUUCUGGUGGCAGGAAGGGCAGCGUAUCGUUUGGAAUGCCGGAUGUUUACGUCGAACCCGAACCUGUCGUCAUCGAAGCCCCGAAACCGAAGGUCAGCAAAGGAUCUCCGAAAAUCGUCAGGAAAUCGAAACCAGAAGUUGAUAUUGAAGUCCCGUCGUUCAGAAUGAGAGGUGGCAUGGACCUGUCAGACUCGGAUAACGAGGUCCAAGUCCCAGUCGUUGCAAGUGUCCCGACCCAAGACGUAGCUCCGGAGAUAACAGCAGAAAUCGAACUCCCAAGCUUUGGUGCACCAGAUGUUGAGUUGACAACGCAGCGAUCAAGAAGUUCGAGUUCAAGUUCAUUAGAAGUUCAAGAAGAACCUGCUUUUGAAACGCCCACCAUUCCAGCCGCCCCUCUUGAUAUCGAUUACGAUGCAUAUCUGAACAAUAUCGAGGACGAGGACGAUGUAUUGCCUCCACCGCCUCCACCACCGCCCCCAGAACCACCAUCCCUUAAGGUGGCAAAAAUGGACAUCCAACUCAAACCGUCCGGUCGGGUGAAACUUGAAAGUGCGAAACCUACCAAACCUUCCGUAUUCGAUGUAAUCGAACCACAACACGCAGGCACACAAGAGACGGCACCUCCAAUAAAUUUCACCGCUGAUGUUUCGCUCCCGAGUGCAGCAGUUGGGGCGAGCAUCGAUGUCCAUUCGAACCCAAGCUCUCGGGCUUCUUCCAGGCGGUCCAGCAUAGGUAGCGUCUCAUCAGCUGGGUCGGCCGAUUCAUCGGACACGGCAACUCACUCGGGUGUCUACGAGUUCGGGGUGGAGAGGAGUUCCAGUGAGGAAUCUCUGAACGAGGAGGUCGUAGAAGAUGGCAUCAAGCUGAGGUCUUUUAAAAGAGAAGUGACUCAUUUGUAGUAAAACAACCUCAUCUAUAUAUUAUCGGUUUACUUUAAAGACUAUGUACAUAUAUUUAUAAAACAAUGUCAUAUACAUGGUUGCCAACGCAUGUGCACCCAAACUUGACUUUAAAGGGCUUGUCAAAAAGCCGGACUCAAUUUCCUGGAGGUAUCAUUAUGCCAAAAAGCAACUGAUCCAUCAACGGGUUGUAUAGAUGCGAUAUCGACAUUUCAGAUUAUUAUCCACUCCCAAAAGUUUCCACGGACUCGGAUGACGAGACCAUUGCGUUUUGUGUUGUGCACCCUGUCAUUAAGAAAA